AUGAAGCAGCCACCCAAGAAACGAACCAAGACCUCACACAAUACCGCCGUCGAAGAAAAGUCAAAGUCGCUUCUACUGUCCGACUAUCGCACCUCGUGGUUUAUUAAAAGCAACAUGCAAACCAUUGAAAUCGCCGUCGACAAUGAGACGUUUCUCGUGCACAAGGGCGUCAUGGUGCAGAAUUCCGAGUACUUUGCGACAUCCAUGAAACAAUGCUUUACCGAGUCAGACGGCAAGUUCACCUUUACCGACAUCAACGCCAAAUACUUUGCUCUGUUUGUCGGCGUGCUAUACAGCUACUCGUCGUUGGUGCCGCACGCGCCGCCGCCACCAGCCCAGAACCCCGAAGCGAUGACUGCCAAGACGGUGCUGAGAGACUACAUUGAGGUGUAUAAGCUGUGUGAUCGGUUCCUGUGUGCAGAAAUCGCCGUCUAUAUACGUGGCUGCAUCUACACUGCCAUUGGCAACGGCCACCGCGCGCUGUUCCGCUCCUAG